AUGGAAGAAAAAACAAUAAUCCCGAACACACUUUUUGCCAGCAUCAAAGGAAAUCAAAACAUCAAAGAUGCAAUUACUCAAGAAAUCGAGAAAUUUCUUAAGAAUGCAAAGGCUACAACACUUCUUUUUCCUCCAGAUACAGCUCCAAAUGUAAGAAAAUUUGCUCAUCAAAUUGCUGAAGCUCAUGGACUCAUUCAUGAAUCUCGUGACUCAGAAAACGGCAGAGAGCUAUGUAUAAGUAAAAAAUCCAUUCAACAGCUACCAGCAGACCCCAUCAUUUCCUUGGUAAAAACAAAUAAAAACUCAGUCACUGUCAAUAUCAGCUGAAAUUCAGGCGGGAUUUAUUCAGUCGAAAAUCUCUGCAUUAAGACAACUGGAGCUGCUGAAAAAGAAAUAGAAGCCUCUCUAAGUCCUGAUGGAAGCUGAACUAUCCCUGAAGAAGCUAAAUUGCUUGACUACUCUGACUGUCAUCUAAAAUUGCAGACCAGCCAAGAAACCCUUAAUUUGACUAUAAGAAAUCUCACUGAGACUAAACAAGUCACAAUAGAGUUUUCUGAUUUGCAAUUUAGCACCAAAUAUAACUUGACAGUGCAUACUUUCAACCAGAACUAUAAAUCUGAGGACUUUCCCUUUAUAUUUUGUACAUUGCCAAACGCUGAAGGGAAACUUUACACUUGGGGUAAUAAUGAAGAUGCAAGACAAGGCAUUGAGCAGACAAAAAUUUUUAUGACCCCAAUUCCUCAUCCUGCUGUAGAAUCCUCAUUUGUAGAGGUCGCUACCAAUUAUGGCUCAAACUUAGGCAUUAAUACAGAAGGAAGUUUAUAUGUAUGGGGAGCAAUCCUUAACGAAAAUCGCCAAGAAUUCAUUAGUUUACCGUUUAUAUUGGAGCCGAAAAUAAGCUUUUAUAAAAUAGCCUGUGGUUAUAGAUUUUUUGGAGCUAUAAGUUUAGAAGGAGACAUUUAUACUUGGGGAAAUGGAGAAUAUGGAGAGCUUGGACUUGGCUCAGUCAGGUUUUCAAGCGUUCCUCUACGUAUAGAGUCUUUUAAUGAUGAAAGAACUUCUCAUAGAUUUUUCACUGAUAUUUCGUGCUCUGAUUAUUCUUAUCUAGCAUGCAAUGAUGAAGGACUUUUAUACGAGUGGGGAGCCUGCUUUAACCGGUAUGCAUAAAAAUAUUGAUCAAUUAUUUAUGAUAAGUUUUUUUUUUUUAAUUUAUUUAUUAGAGUUUUUAUGUUUACAGCUUUAAUCCUUUAUCAGGGGUAAAAGCUAUGCUUGACAAGCCUCAUAUAAAUAAAUCAGUCUCCUCACACAAGAUAGCCCAGGUAAGCUGUGGGGUCGGAUACUAUGGAGUUGUAACUCAAGAAAAAGUCUUGCUUAUGUGGGGAGAAAACCUAGACAACCAGGUUGGCUUUGAUGACUGCAGGAUAUUAGCUAUUCCUAGACCUUUAGACAUAGAAAACGUGGUGCAGGUCUCGUGUGGGAUUUCUCAUACUGGAUGUGUAACUGCUGAUGGAGAUGUUUGGCUAUGGGGAAAAGGAAAAUUAGGGCAGCUUGGUGGAAAUUAUGAGGAUUCAAGCGUCCCAAGAAAAUUAGAAGAAAUAAAAGGAAAAAAAGUCAGCGUAAAUGGAAAAUGCACAAUUGUCCUGGGAGUAGAUGGAAGACUCUAUUCUUUUGGAGAAGGAAAAAACGGCUGCUUAGGGAUUGGAGUAGGAGGAAAGUCAGCUAAGCCUAGAAAAGUGAAAAUAACAAACAGAGCAAUAUCUGUGAGUCUAGGAAUAGCUCACUCAAUAGCAUUAGUAGAGUAA